AUUUUUAAAAUUUUAAUUUAGGUGCCUUAAUUAAUGGUGAUACUAAAGGCGAAGGAAGAAUAGAGGUUCCUAAUUUGAGUGAAGAACAUGAGAUGAAAGAUGUUGAUGUAAAUGUUCAUCUAGAUACAACAGGACCUGAAUCUGAAAUUUUGAAAGAUAUGUUGAGAACAACUGGUGCUGAAGUCAUUAGGCAAAAACUGAGUGAAUAUGUUACUUGCUUGAGAGAAGAGUUUGCAAAAGGUCUUAUCCUGCCUACAAAAGAUUCUACAGUGAAUGAAGUAACCAAGACUGACAAAGUCAGUACAAAAAAGGUAAAGCUUUCUCAUUCUCCUGCUGCAAAUACCCCUGUGAAAACGGCAUUUGAAACUAGCGAGUUAAAAACUGUGGAGUCUUUCAAAUGCACUGCAGAUGAAUUCUAUCGUGCAAUGACUGUGAAAGAAAUGGUAGAUGCAUUUACUCGGGGUAGUUCUGUUUUGGAACCAAAAGAAGGUGGAAAGUUUGAGCUUUUUGAUGGAAAUGUUCAAGGAAAUUUUGUUAAGCUGGUAGGUAUUGAAAAAUGUACAUUUAAAAUUUUAGAUCCAUAUAAGUAGUAACUAAGGUGAUAU